UCCCUCUAUUUAAGGAAAGGUGAUGUACCCUGCUCGGGAAGGUCGCAGGAGACAGCGGGGGGGACCCUGAGAGGACACGGAGGCUUUGCCGCCGACCGCCCUGGAAACCUCCGGAAACCCCUUCGUGCCCCCAACUGUCCCGGCUGGGGCCGCCCCCUCGCUGCCAAAAUGAGUGAGAAGCUUCGCCUUGACCUACAGGCAGCACUCACCGAGGGGAAGAAAGUGAAGUGUGAGUAACGCUAAAUUAGCCUAAACCGAAUUAAACGGCCGCCGGGAGCGUCUGUUCCCACGGCAGCCGCUCGGCGGGGAGCAGGGCGGGCGCCGCCCCUGGCAACGGCGGGAGGCAGCGGCCAUGGAGGACGCGGCGAGCUCGGCGGCCUCCGGCUACCUGGACAAACUUACCAUAACAGAUGACUCUAAAGAUGACUCUCAGUAUGAAGAGGUUUCAGCAGAUGAUGAAUUUAGUCUUCAGGAAGAUGAGGAGGAUCUGGCAAAGGCUUUGCAGACUAUUCAAGAGCAGGCUGAAGAUGCUCGAAUUUUAGAGAACCUAACAGAGCUAUGCACUGAGGGGGCUGAAUGGGGUUGCGUGAAGGCUUUGCAAUCAGUUCUGACUUCUGACAAAUCAGUGUCUGAGAUACCUGAAGCAAUGGAUGACUUCUUCUGCAAUUUCCUGGUCAGAAUGGGAAUGUCCAGAACCCUUGACUGCUUCCAAACUGAAUGGUAUGAACUCAUACAGAGAGGUGUGUUCACAGCUAAAGAUAUUGAAUUGGUUCCAACUGUGUAUACCCGCAACCAGCAACUUGAGGCUGAGAAUAUGCUUUUGAAGAAAGAUUUGGAAAGCUAUAAACUUGCUGCAGACAAAGCAAAGGAGGCUUACCUAAAAAUGCAGAAAGAACGUGACUUCCAUCGAAUGCAUCAUAAGCGAGUGAGCCAGGAGAAAGACAGGCUUAUUUGUGACAUUAAAAGACUGAAGGCACAUUAUGCAUCCUAUGAACCAGUGCUGAAGCAGCUGACUGAAAAAUACCAAACUACACUGAGACAGAAAAUGUUAACUAGUUUGGAGAGAGACAGGGUGGCUGAGCAGGUUACAGAUUUGCAAGUCACAUUACAAAAUUUAGAGUCUGGAUGUGGUAUUCGGAUUCCUGUGACAAAAGCAGGCCAUGAAUAUCGAAGGAAGAAAGGGCUGGAGGGUCCCACUCAGAAAGCUCUUCGGGAAGCCAGGCAGCAAAUAAUCCUUGAUGCUGAAAGCUCUUCAUGUGAUCCAGGCAAAAAUGCAGAGAAGAAGAGAGGCAAGAGAUAUCCAAAGCAGGGAGACUGAGGUCCGAUGAAGUACUGAAGAUUUAUAAUCUUCAGGAGGAACAGCACUGGGAUGCAGAGAAGCUGUUAAUGGCCUUUCGGUGUUAUCCAAGAAAGAGCCUCUGAGAUUGCUGCCUUCCACCUCCGUUCAUACUUUCUUUGUCCUUAACACCAGCUCAUUUUAUUCAGAUCACUGAACAAUUGUCAAAUGGUAACACCUUCACUCCCGUCAAGUAAGAGUCUUGCUUUCCUGAGGACAGGUUCCUUGGUGGAAGAUUUCUGUUGGAAACUAAUCUGUAGUGAUGUAUAUACACAUGGAUUUUUUUUUUUUUUUUAUGCCAGUGAAACAGAGAGAACUUCACAGACUGAUGUUUAGACAAUAAAGGUGGAUCAAAUCUGCUGUUGCUAAAUGCAACCAGUUGUAUAAAGCACAACUGCUCAACAGCGUACCUGAACAACAGGAUAUAGUUGUGGAUGCUUCUGUAUUAUAUUGCAAAAGUAUUUGGUUUUAUAUAAGCGCAGUUUAAUGUCUUACUGUGGAGUUUGGCUGUGAUCUCUUAGAGCUUUGUUCUUGGGGCAGAAAUGUGCAGUGUGUGUUUGCGUGUGUGUUGAGGGGUUGUGUGUUUGUGGUUUUUGGUUUUGCCGGGGGGGAUUAAUUGAAAUUGUUUCACAUCUCACCUAAAAUAAUGCUUUUUUUCUCUUUCCUUUCGCUCUUCCUUUCUUCUCUGUAACAGCUGCCCUUCUCUUUCCUACUUCUACGUUUUUUGUAAAUACUCCAAAUUCUUUCAACUGAGGUGCUGAAUUAAAAAGUUAUUUCCAUGAGUUUAAAAGUCUAGUAUAGAAUUCUGUUAUUCAAAACAGGCCAGUGAUAGCUGUAUUACAAUAUACUCAGCAGGUGACUUCAGUUUCCAUUUUUUUUGUAUACUUUGUAACAUUUCUCUGUAUUUGUUUACAAGUUACCAUCUUGCGUAUAUACAGUUCAGAUAAUGUGCUCUAUAUUGUAAAUCAUCCAAAGCAGAUCGGCCAAUCAGACACUUAAUUCACUACAUAUAUGAAGCUGCUUUUAUUUUUGCAGGAAUGUUUCACUUAUGGUAGAAAGCAAAACCUACCCAAUGUUUCUGUGGCACCUGUAAAGAAAUUGUUCUCAUAAAGCAAUACAGCAAAACCUGAGAUCAGUUGCUGUGAUUUAAAUUUGUCGAUCAAUUUCCGCAAAUUUUGCUAGGUUAAAGAGUAAAAGAACAAAUAAACAAGGAAAAAAUCCCUGUAUGUAGUGUUUUUAAAUUUGGUCACAUGUACCAGUGGUGGUGGUUAACGUGUGUAUUCUUUGUGUACGCUGUAUUUGUAUUUUCACACUUCUGAUGUAUACUGAUUUUUUUUUUUUCUUUUGGUUUGAGUACUUAGCUCUUGAUUUAGGAACAAUGCAUAUAGCUAUGACAUCUCUCUCAGCUGUUUAUGUGUGUAUAUAUAUAUAUAUAUAUAUAUAUAUAUAUCUUUUUUUCAUGCUCAUUGACUAAGAAAAUGGUCAUAAAAGGAUGUUUGUACUAGUGAAGAUAUUAAAAAUACUGCUACUUCACUCU